AUGUUUCUCUCAAAGCUUGCAUUAAAACAUUUGUUAGAAGAUUGCUGGAUACUUACUAUUAAUAUCUUCACCAAUGGACAAAGGGAUGACUUUCGGAAAUGCCUUAUCUUUUUUGGAACUUGCAGUAUUUUUAGUAUUAUUCUGAACUCCUUCUUAUUAUUAUAUCUGUUUUGCACUUUGGACUAUGACUUAAGAGUGGCUGUUGGGAUUACUGGAUGCCUCGGUCUUCUGCUGACUAUAGCUCUCUUCUAUUCCAAGCAAGUACGAUGCUUUGGGACGCUAUUUUUUAUCUCAAUUUUUAUGAAGAAAAGUCGCAAUUUACUCCUCGCGGCUGGUACGAGUUUGGUCAUCUUUCAAAAUAUCCAUAACACCUUGGAAAAUCUAUCAGGAUUAACCAGGAGUUUGAUAUGCAACUUUAGGGCCAAGAAAGAAGCCAUAACAUCUCCAUUUAGCAACUAUGUUAAGAUGCUAAAAUGGAUCGGGGAUGUACUGAAAGGUGUGACUGAUCUUGGCGUGGUCAACCUGGAUUCCAAGCUCAAAAUUACUCCAAAAGUGGAAUCAGAAAUACUCCAGGAGAGACUUGCACAAGCAGAGCAGAUGCUGAAUCAAACAGUUAGGUAUACCCAAGCUGUCAUGUCCACUGUCUCAUCUGUAUCCAGCAAGAUGUUUCCAGCCAUAAGCUUCCUGAUUUUAUUGACUUUUAUAAUGCUGCAAGUGAGGAAAUACUGCAAAAAUAUGAAGUACAAAAACAAGUAUAUUACUAGCAAAUUUGUGGAUUAUGAUAACAAGAGAAAAGCAGAGGGGAGACCACAUGUGCUGCCUCUUACACCAGAAGAAGAGAAGAUAUAUACAAGAAUCCAAUUUGUACGACCCACUGCCAAAGAAAUGAAGACAAUGUUGAAAUUCUGUGUCCCCGUAGCAACCCAUUUUGUAGCAUGGACGAUAUUUAUAACAGUGGAUGCCCUGUUGUAUUUGUUUGUGAAGAUUGUGACAAAUAGAUUAUCAGAGAUGGAACCUUUUCAUAUCCCUUUGAUAAUAAGCAUCAAAAAGGUUGCAUCUCUAGUGGGGAUCUCAUUGAAUGAAGAAAACCACACGACUGACUUCUCUUACUCCAUUACCCUGUUUGAAAAGCAGUGCCUGCCCAAACCCAAGCUGCUGUUGUUUAACUCCAUAGCCCCUUUAGUGGUCAUACUGCUGAUGCUGCUUGUCAUGGCUGCCACCAGUGGAAAAUUGUCCCACCUCAGACUGAUGGUGUGCGAGGCAUUUUUUGGUACUGCAGCAGAGGAAAGAGUGGAGUACCUGCAUGCUCAAAUACUGAGGAAGAGGAUGAAGAAGAGAAAAGAGACAAAACACAGUGUUAACAGGACUUUUUUACAACUACAUUUCUGGUGUCCACUGCUCUUCAAACCAAAAGUGCAUCAACUCAGCACAGUAUGA